AUGGACGAGGAUACCAGCGACAAGCGCUUGGACAGCGAGCCAUCCGAGGAUAAGGAGGUGGUUGUUGUCGGAUGGGACGAGGAUGAUCCCGAGAACCCGUUCAACUGGCCCCGCCGCCGGAAAUACAUCAACGUCCUAAUCCCAAUCUACAUCUGCCUUCUUACAGCCGCCAACAGCACCAGUACAGGUAUAAUGGCCUUUUGGGGACCAGCGCGCUUCCACACCACUCGCCUAGGCUUCCAAUUCUCCGUAACGUCGUACCUAAUCGCAUUCUCGUUCGCUAGUCUGGUCACAGCUCCUCUGUCAGAGUUGUUGGGCCGCAAGAGGAUCUACCAGGCCGCGACGAUGCUCUCCGCCCUCCUCUUCAUCCCACAGGCAUUGACCACCAACCUCGCCCUUCUGCUGUCGAUGCGGGCGAUACAGGGCGUCGCUGCCAGUGCUGGAAACGCUUUAAUUGGAGGAUCUAUUGCGGAUCUGUUUCGCGCACGAGAGAGGAGCCUGUCAAUGAACCUCUUCGUGCUGGCCAAUCUCGUCGGGCAGGGUUUCGCAGAAUUCAUGUUCACGGAACCCAUCGUCGCCGCAAUCUGUCUCUGGAUCGGGUUUAAUUGGUCUUGCAUCUACCUGGGGAUGAGCAGUACCCUCCUCGUGUUUGGGCAGUAUGGAUGGUCCCCCGGAUGGCUGGGCACGAUCCAACUCACCACUGUCAUUGGCGGACUCGUCGGCUUCCUGUCUUCUUACCACCAAGAAAUCCUCUACACCAGAGCAUGCAAGUCGUCGUCAACAGGUCAGGCGCGACCCGAAGCCCGCCUGUACUAUGCCAUGCUCGGGGCAGCCGUCUUCCCCGCCGCCAUGUACGGGUUUGCAUGGACGGGAAGACCACAUAUUCCGUGGCCCGUCCCAGCUCUUUUUCUCACCAUCGCCUUCGCCGCCAUUUCGGCCAUGUACGCCGGCGUUUACAAUUACCUCGCCGACGCUUACGAGACUUACUCUGCUAGCGCACAAGCCGCACAUGGGUUUAGUAGGAGUAUUUUCGCCGCUUGCUUUCCCCUCCUCACCCACGCCAUGUAUUUCAACCUCGGAUUCCCCAUCGCAUCUACCCUCGUCGCUAGCAUCGCCCUCGUACUAGGUCUCGCUCCAGUGCUCAUCUACGUUUAUGGGCCACGGCUGCGCGCUAGGAGCAAGGUCACAAGCGCAUUGACGCGCGGCGCCUUCUAG